AUGGGUAACAUAUUCACCAAUCUUUUCAAAGGCCUUUUCGGCAAGAAGGAAAUGCGAAUUUUAAUGGUGGGUUUGGAUGCAGCUGGUAAGACGACAAUUCUUUAUAAACUCAAAUUGGGAGAGAUUGUUACAACAAUUCCUACAAUUGGAUUCAACGUCGAAACCGUGGAAUAUAAGAACAUCUCAUUCACAGUGUGGGAUGUGGGAGGACAAGACAAAAUCCGACCAUUAUGGAGACAUUAUUUCCAGAACACACAAGGAUUGAUAUUCGUAGUGGAUAGCAACGAUCGAGAACGUGUUGGUGAAGCACGUGAAGAGUUGAUGCGUAUGUUAGCUGAAGAUGAACUUCGUGAUGCGGUACUUCUCGUGUUUGCCAACAAGCAGGAUCUACCAAACGCAAUGAAUGCUGCCGAAGUAACUGAUAAAUUGGGUCUACAUACACUACGUAAUCGUAAUUGGUAUAUACAAGCAACGUGCGCAACAUCGGGUGACGGUCUUUAUGAGGGACUUGAUUGGCUUAGCAACCAACUAAAGAACAGAUCAUGA